AUGAGUCCUCAGACCCCUGAGCCAUCCAUUCUUUCUGAUAUCCCUUUGAGCUGGAAAUUGCUGUUUACAGAACUUGCAGUACAAGCCAGGACCCAGUGGGAUUGGAAUGCAAAACUCCCAGGAACAUUUGUUAGCAAAUGUAAGAGAGCAGCUGGGGUGUUGGAAAUUGCAUACCUCACAAGGAUGAAUAUUCAAUGGGAUGUGUCAUUGCACGCAGAGCGGGUGGGCCCUUAUAAUAAUGGCCAGAACAACAACCUUGGACAGAUUCUAUGGUACCUCCCGGGCAUCCUCACUGAGGAGAAACAAGUGAAAAUAUAUUUACAUGGUCAAGCAAGUCUACAGCAUCUAAAGCGGAAUAUGGAAAGUAAAUGCCCCAAGAAGCCCUCAAAGAGCUGGCGUCAAUCUUCAGAAUAUUACAAAAAUCCCGGGGACUGUCAGCUAUUCCCUGGUUCACCACAGAAAACUGGAGAGGCUCCACAAGCUUCCCAGUCCUUGCACAAAUCUACACUCCUGGGCACUGGUGAACUGUGGUUGCAAUCCUUUGUGGAGACCAGGGCCCUUAUGAGUGCAAUUUUACAUGUAGCUCACCCUGCACUCUAUGGGUCAGCCCAGGAGGUGCUGUGGGAAGUUUCUGAAUCAUGGGGUUUCAUCCUGCAGUGGGUGGAGACCCCAGGAUGGCACACUGCAGUUGGAUACCGGGAGCAAGUAGAAGUCUGGGAAUGUUGUAUUACUACAAAGCCCAGGGAGUAUUGGAUUGUUAUGAUGCCCAGGAACACAGGAUUACUACAAAGCCCAGGAAUACUGGACUACUAUUACAUAGUAUAA